AUGCGUCUACCAAUCUUUCUCUCAGCUAGCACUUUCCUCCUCACUCACCUAACAAAAGCUUGCUACUUCAACGUACACUCCGCGACCGUCGGCACGUUCAAAGCACAACAUUCCGAACACCUCGAUCACAAUGGUGCACCCCAGACACUCACUGGAAAAUACCUCACCUGUUCUUUCUCAGCUGAUUUAGCCGAUGGAUGUAUCGUAACAGUCAAGACCAAUGUGGGGUGUGGGAACUUGACUUUCGAGAGGAUUGGUACUAACUGA